UCUAAAUCAUGGCGGGCUUGGAGCUGCUCUCUGCGCAGGGCUUCCGUGUGGACGGGCGGCGAGCCGGGGAGCUGCGGCAGGUGCGGGCCCGCAUGGGAGUCUUCGCCCAGGCAGACGGGUCCGCCUACCUCGAGCAGGGAAACACCAAGGCCCUCGCCGUCGUCUACGGGCCCCACGAGACGAGGGGCUCGCGGUCCAAGGCGCUGCACGACCAGGCGGUGGUCAACUGCCAGUUCAGCCUGGCCACCUUCAGCACCGGGGAGCGCAAGCGGCGGCCCCACGGUGACCGGCAGACCUCCGAGAUGAGCCUCCACCUCAAGCAGACCUUCGAGGCCGCCAUCCUCACCCAGCUCUACCCUCGCUCCCAGAUCGACAUCUACGUCCAGAUCCUGCAAGCGGACGGGGGCAACUACUGUGCCUCGGUGAACGCGGCUACGCUGGCGGUGAUUGACGCGGGCAUCCCCUUGCGGGACUACGUGUGUGCCAGCUCGGCCGGCUUCAUCGAAGACACCCCUCUGGCCGACCUGAACUACGUGGAGGAGGCCUCUGGCGGCCCUCAGCUGGCCCUGGCUUUGCUGCCCAAGUCGGAGCAGAUUGCGCUGCUGGAGAUGAAUGCCCGGCUACAUGAGGACCACCUGGAGCGCAUCAUGGAGGCCGCCAGCAAAGCCUGCAAGGACGUCUACGUGGUGCUGGACCAGGUGGUCAGGGAGCACCUGCAGGAGGUGACCGCCGCCCUGGGCAAGUGAGGAGCCCACUGGCCUGCUUUCUUAGUGGGAUGAAGGCUUCUGGACACAGGGUUGCAGGCCUCACACACAGUGGUCUGGAGAAAUCUGUUUGUACAAAAUGUCUUUUUUUUAAUAAUAAGAAAGGAAGAGCUUGACAGAAAAUAAAGGCUUUUUUCCCAAGAA